UAAAACGAAGAAAUUACACCGAUCAGUAUCAAAGUAUGAUUUAUGCAUAUUUUUCCGUAAGCUUUCGGAAAAAACCGGAAGUGACGUCAGAGCCGCUAUACUCUUUCAUUGUUUAUAUAUGGAGUAAGGGGCGUAUGAUCUUUUCAGAGCCCAACAAUGCCGUACUGUGCGGCCUUUGGGUGUCAAAAUAAACAGUUUAAAGGAUCGGGAUUAUCUUUUUUCGGUUUUCCAAAGGAUUGUAUUCGAAGAAAGGCGUGGAUAUUUUAUUGUAAAAGAAAAGAUUGGACACCAACGCCGUAUAGUACUUUGUGUUCCGUACAUUUUUCACCUUCAAAUUACGAGACUUUUCCAGCAACGAAAGAAAGUUACGGAUAUCGUAAUGCUAGAGCAAAAUUAUUUGUAACAGCUAUCCCUGAUGUUCACCUAUUACUAGCACCAGAAGAGCCAAAGACGCCAAAAACAUCACGAGGGGCAUAUGCUAAACGAAGACGAGCUGAGGUGUUAAGAAGAAACUUGAAGCUGCCUCUAAAAAGAAAAGAUGUGAAGACAUUAUUCCAUGGAUACAUUCCAUUUCCAAUCAUAUGUAUUGGGUAUCGGGAACAAGCAGCGAUGACAAAGACAUGAAGCUGGCGAAAUGGAGGUCUGUUUCAAACCAUGUAAUUAAUGUUCACACCGGCCAUGGGGCGAAAUUUGCUGCCUGCGAACAUGAAACCUGCAACACUGAGAGAGUGUGGCUCACAGCUGGAUCAAGAUCCCAUAAGUUGGUCAAGGCUAUCAUCAACAGCCCAUAUCUGCUAAAGGACAUUCCACAUUUAUCUCCACUGCACCAGACAUCAUCACUAGAGGUGUAUCACAAUGUUGUAAAUCACUUCGCCCCAAAAAGUACCCAUUUCUUCAUUUCUGCUAUGAAAGCUAGACUGCAUCUUGCUGCUUUCCAUUAUAACGAAAAUGGAAAUAAAGCUCAAGUCGUAACAAAGGAUGGCAAUCUAUGUUGGCGAUUGGUUUAUCCCAAAGCAAAGAAAGGAAAGGAUGCGGUCAUAAAAGCUGUGAAGGAAUCCUCUAGCUACAAGUAUGUGGAUACACUGAUGGAAUCUUUAAUGCAAAGGCGAUACCAGCUGGAUAAUUACGGAGUUGCAAGAACAGAUGUCAAGCAGACAAUGUCAAGCAUGCCUGGAUUCUUAACAAAUGACUAUUACAGAGUGGAGAAAACAGAAGCUGUGCAAAGACACAGAUCACGAUUCAAUGCUAUUUGAUAAGCUGUUUAUGUGAUGAAUAUCAAGUGAUGACCAAAACAAGAUAUUAUAGUGUUAUGAACAUUUUUAUUAAUUUAUUUAUGGUCUAGCAUAUUGAAAGCCGGUGUAGAUUUCUGAUGGGGAAACUGUCUCUAAUCUUCACAACAACACAUGCAGGAAGCACACGGCGAUUUCUUUGACCAAUCCAUCUCGCAAAUCGUCUAUAAGCAACAUAUCUGUAUGUCCUGUAAAGGAAGAAACAGCAAAGAAAUUGUAAAUAUUCAAUACAUCAUGCAUAUUUUAUGGAAACAUUACUGUUUCAAUGUGUUUGCAUCAGAUGAUUGUUGUUCUAAUAAUUAUCUUUAGAAACUAAAACGUGACCAUGUUUAAUUGUUUAUUAAAUAAAGGUCAUUUUGUGAGGGCACAUGUACCUUGAAAA